AUGGCCCCACUCCGGGGUAUCGUAGUCAUCACAGCCUAUCAUCAUCCUCGCUGGACGGGAGACAGGUGUUCUAAUUUUGUCCAGUUUAUCGGUGCUUCGAGCAUCGCCAUUACGAGUGUAUGUGGAUUCCUCAUGAUACUUCGCGUAUACGCCCUCUAUCAUCGUUCAAAUAUUAUCCUGGCAUCUCUCCUGCCUUUGUGUAUCGCCCAACUCGUUACAUCGGCAAUUGGCAUAAGCUAUGGCGGAGCUCUAAAAUUCCCUCCUGGACCGGCGUUUGUUGGAUGCCUCCUGACGGCAACAACAAAGUGGUUCGCUGUCAAUUGGGCUGGCCCACUAAUUCUCGACGGAGCCGUUUUCUUCUUGACUCUGUGGCGCACGCGCGAAUACAUUCAAUCCUCGGACAAGAUACCGCUACUGAACGUAUUGGUCCGCGAUGGCACACUUUAUUUCUUUGUAAUAUUCUUAGUCAACCUUGUCAAUGCCUUUCUCUUCUUCCUUGCUCCAAAUCACCUGAAGUCGGUGGCCACGACGCUGAGCGUCAUGCUGACCUCGGUCAUGAUCUCGCGCCUUGUUCUCAAUUUGCGCUCAGCGCCUUCUGCUGGCGUCAAUCUCGUCACCACACGAGAGUGUCCUCGGCCCAAGUCGUCUUUGAACUUCAAUAACAUAGCCACCAUUGCGAUCGGAAACUUAGGAGAAGAAGUCGGAGCUCUCAAUUCUCGGGAACAGGAAUUGGAAAUUAUCUCCACCAUUCGCUCGGAGAGCUCAAUUGAAGGAAUCACCUUCGGCCGUAAGCUGUGA